AUGUCCAACGUUCAAGAUUCAUGGGAGGACGACCCGUCCGCUCAGGACGAGAACCUAGCGCGCCAGACCCAGCAGCAGAUGAACAUCGGUGGUCAGUCGGCGCAAGGAAGUUUCAGGCCUGGUGCCGCUUCUUUUCAACCAACGGCGCAGACCUUCCAACCGGGCCAGGCAUUCGGUGGCGCCGGCUACUACCAGCAACCUUACUACGGCGGCCAGGGAUACUAUCCGCAAUACGGCGGCCAACAGAAUUUCGGCCAAUAUGGUCAGCAGGGGUACGGUGCCGUCUACGGCCAAGGUGGAUACAACCAGCAAUACGGCCAACAGUGGCAGCAGGGGUACCAGCAGCAGCAAUUCCAGCAGCCACAGCAAAACCAAACACAGCAGCAGGCUCCUAAGCCGGCCCCGUCCAUCGCGAAGCGGCUGACGGAUGCGCCAGCCGCCGCGGACGCGCCGAAGCCUACAGUUGCCAAGGAAGGCGGCGCGAAGGUUCUAAGCAUCGGCGGCGACGCGAAGCCCAAGGCUAAGGUCCUGUCUAUUGGCGCGACCGCACCUGCUAAGGAUGAACCGAAGAAGGAGGAAGCAAAGAAGGAGGAGUCGAAGAAAGAGAAAGAGGAGACCAAAAAGGAGGAGGCCAAGAAGGAGGGCACGGCGGAAGCAGCGGCCAAGGUUACGGCAUCCAAGGCGAUCGACAAGACGGAUUCCAAGGCAGGCAGCGGGAAGACCUCGCCUACUCCGUCCUCCGGCCGCUCUAGCCCCUCGCGGGCCGGCACUAAGGCUGCUGCUCGCGAUGCAGACGCGGUCGAGAAGGAACAGGCGGCGGAUGUGGACGAGGAGACGCUCAAGGAGAUUUACGGAAAAGAGCACGUCAACAUUAUCUUUAUCGGUCACGUCGAUGCGGGCAAGAGUACUCUUGGCGGUGCCAUCCUCUAUGUCACCGGUAUGGUGGACCAGAGAACAUUGGACAAGUACAAGAGGGAGGCCAAGGAGCUGGGCCGUGAGACGUGGUACCUGUCAUGGGCUCUCGACUUGACCAACGAGGAGCGUGCCAAGGGCAAGACGGUCGAGGUUGGCCGCGGGUUCUUUGAGACGGAGAAGCGGCGGUACAGUAUCCUGGACGCGCCCGGGCACAAGACGUAUGUCCCGCACAUGAUUGGCGGCGCGUCGCAGGCGGAUGUCGGUAUCCUGGUGAUCAGUGCGCGGAAGGGCGAGUACGAGACUGGUUUCGAGAAGGGCGGCCAGACCCGAGAGCAUGCCAUGUUGGCCAAGACUCAGGGUGUCAACAAGCUGGUCGUGGUCAUCAACAAGAUGGACGACCCGACCGUCAAUUGGUCCCACGAACGCUACCUCGAGUGCACGACCAAGCUUCAGCAGUUCUUGAAGGGCACCGGGUACAACAUCAAGACCGACGUCUUCUUCAUGCCCAUUGCUGCACAGCAGACCAUGGGCAUCAAGGACCGCGUUCCCAAGGACGUCUGCCCGUGGUACGACGGCCCCUCGCUUCUCGAGUACCUCGAUGGCAUGCAAGCGCUAGAGCGCAAGAUCAACGCGCCUUUCAUGAUGGCAGUGGCCGGCAAGUACCGUGACAUGGGCACCAUGAUUGAAGGCAAGAUCGAGGCGGGCGUGGUGAAGAAGGGGAUGAGCCUGAUCAUGAUGCCCAACAAGCAGAACGUUGAAGUGGCGGCGGCCUAUGGCGAGACAGAAGACGAAGUGUCCAUCGCUCAGUGCGGUGACCAGGUCCGUCUUCGUCUCCGCGGCAUCGAAGAGGAAGAAAUCCUGCCCGGCUUCGUUCUUUGCUCGCCCAAGCGCCUGGUACACAACGUGUCGCAGUUUGAGGCGCAGAUCCGCAUCCUGGACCUCAAGAGCAUCCUCACGGCCGGGUUCAACUGCGUGCUGCACGUCCAUGCCGCCAUCGAGGAGGUUACCUUCGCUGCGCUGCUCCACAAGCUUCAGAAGGGCACCGGCAGGAAGAGCAAGCUCCCUCCGUCACACGCCAAGAGGGGGGACAGCAUCAUUGCUAUCUUGCAGGUGACUGGUGGCGCCGGGUCCGUCUGCGUGGAAAGGUUCGAGGAUUACCCCCAGAUGGGCCGUUUCACCCUGCGUGACCAAGGACAAACAAUCGCAAUUGGCAAGAUCACCAGACUCAUCCAAGACGGCAACGCUGCUUAA